AAGUGGGGAAACAACAGACCCUCACAAUCGCAAUUCAGUGUGAGGAAUGCAUGAUGCGCCUCGGCAAGCCAAUGGCGGGGGUUGUUGCUAAAUGUGACAAGAAGGAUGAGUCACCAUCCCCUUUUCACACCGGUCUGAUUAAAGGUCACUCUAAAAGCAAGCCCAGCACACUCAAAGUGUUGUGCUGUUACUCUUAGUGCAAAGUGAAGUGCCUGCAGAUGAGACCCUGCGGACACAGCAAAGCGAUGAAAUCCAAGAUGGAGACACAUCAACAAGGGGGGCAAAGACCAAAAGGAGUUGGCUCUGGGACCAAAGGGUUGAGGGUGCACAGUGUGACUGCCUGAUGCAGAGUCGUUAAUAAACUUCCUGAGCACUGACUGGGCACUCAAAGUGCCUCUAAGGAAAGUCUCAGGGCUGCUGUGGAAGCGUGCAGUGGGCAGGCUGCAGCGGCACACAGCAUGAAGACAGCCUGCAGUGAGUGAAGAGGAGGCGCUCUAAUUAAACUUGUAUCAUCUGCCUGCUGCUCUAAAUGCGGCUACAGGCUACGAGCAUGUCUCGCUCCACUUCCUCGCCCGCCUCAUUUGAAGAUGGGGAGGCCUGCUCCUUGACAAUGCUGCUAAUCUACACAAAAGGAAAGGGGGGGGGGGGGAAUCUAAUUAUUGCAAAUGCACGGCGCCCAAGAAAAAAAAUUCACUUGUGGCCACAAUAUAGAUUAAAAUGUGCACAAAAUGCCAAUUUGUGGCCUUGAAAAACUCAUUAAUGGCCAUGGAGUAGCCUCGGGUUCACCAGUAGAAUGACUGAAUAAUGUGUUUUUUUUUCUAUCACUACAAGUCAUUUAAACUGGUCCUCUGAAGUGUCUUACUACCACAAAAGCUUGUUUAUUAUUUUUUUAAAAUCCUGAAUUGUAGGAUUAAUUCACAAUCCAAAUUAAUUAGUAAUCCAAAUGAUAAAGAAAAAGAUUGAUUAAUUGUUUCGAAACUAAAAAGCUGUUCAUGAAAAGAGAAUGUGGUUUACAAUAUGGAUUCUUCAAAAUGGCAGAUAACAGCUUUGCACAUUCGGGUUAGUUUCUCAGUCUGCUUGAUGACGUGGUUGAUGCUUCAUGACCCGGAAUGACAUUCACUUCCCAGCUGUGCGUUAUCAAGAGUUAACCGCUUGAACGUCUUGACCUCUUGAUGUGUUUGAGAUCAUACGAAUUUGAAAGCGUUCCCAAACUUUUGACCGAUACUGUACUGGAAAUGUAAUCAUCGCCAACAAUACUCUGUGGCUCUUGGUAAAAAUCUGUCGAAAUGCUCUAAAAACAGUUAGCAGCGAAUGAGUUAAAGGGAGCUCCUCCACCGCUGUUUGGCUCAAGAUGUAAAUUUGGAAAAGUGACUCUAAUGUCAGUGCCUCAGCAGUCAUAAAGCCCACCACAUGUGAUUAGGGUAAAUACUGCAACGGGUUGCCGCACGGCUCCUCCGUGUCAACUUCCCACAGCUGAGGGGGAGGAGGGAGAGGGGGGCAAGCUCAGGUGGGAGGUCCUCAGCGGAGCACGUAACCCGCUUACAAAUGAACAUCGUGCCGGGGCCAAACUCACGCGCUGUGCACAUCACUUUCUGUUUUUUUUUUUUCGCCCCCUUCUCGUUUCUUUUUUUUUUUUUUUCGUUGUGGGAGGCGUUGCGCAUCGCCGCCGAGGCUACGCUCCCCCUUCUUCUAUUCCUUCCUUUCAUUCUGCUCCACUUCGGACGCAUCUGGCUCGGCGGCUCUGCUCGGCUUCGCUGGCCCACUUGGCGAAGCGACACUGCAGCGUGGUGAUCGGAUCAGUCUCCUCCCGGAUCCCCCGCAAAACCAUCUGCCAUGCCGGAUCUGCAUCGGGGGAGCUGCUCCUCUCGCUCUUCUUCUUCCUCUUCUUCUUGUGAUAAACUCCACUCGUUUGUGGCACAAUCUCACUGCCAGGCUCGACAUGCAGCCCGGACCGUGAGCCUCCAUCAGCGGGCUUAUCAGCGGCAAUAAACAAAAAGACACUUUUUUUGGUCACGGACAGCGCCUCUGGCUCUCCGGACGAGUCGACGCCGCCGCGGACUGCUGUAAAUCAAGCCCCGGAGCAUCGGAGUGAGCAGCGGGGUGCAAAGACGAAUGAUUCGGGCAUGGUGCCCACGCCCCAGGUGUGCGUCUCCACCCUGGUCACGGUGAGCACAAUGGCGGUGGUGGACCUCUACCUGCUGGAGCAAAGCAUGCUGGGAGCUCGCGGGCUGCCGGGGCCCAGCGUGUGGCAAUGCGUGGCCGUAUUGCUGGGCGACGCGGGCUUCCUGCUGGCGCUGCGCUUCGUGUCGGCAGGGGUAGUGUCGGAGGCGCGGUCGCCCCGCCGCGGCUUCGCCAACGCUCUCUGGUUCCUGUUCCUGUCGCUGCUCCAGCUCAAGCUCUUUUUCGUCUGCCACAACUACAGGCAGGAGCGCCGGCCGCCCGACCCGCUCGCCAGGAAGGUCCUGACGCUCCUGCUGUCCAUUUGCCUGCCGUCACUCUUCCUGAUCCUCACGGGCGCCGACUACAUGACGCCGCAGCGCAGGAAGCAGGAAGUGCGGGGUCGCCUGCUGUGGGUGGUGGUGGACCUGCUGGAUGUUUUGGAUCUGCAGGCCGGGCUGUGGGAGGCCCAAGGAGGGGCGGCGGGACCGGAGCAACGGCUGCCCAUCUGGGCCGAGGGCUUGGUUUUCUUUUACUGCUACACUCUCCUGCUUUUGCUACCGUGCGUGGCCCUCACGGAACUGGGGGCCACGGGCCUUCCGGGACAGAGGGGCCCCCGCAAGGAGGCUUUGUACCCUUGGCUCAGCCUGGUCACCAUCAAUAUCUUCACCCUGGGCCUGAGGGGCGCAGGCAUGUUGUGGUACAGGGACCCCCGGGUCUCUACGGUGUUCCUGGGCAAGAACCUGCUGGCGUUGGUGGUGAAGCUGAGCUCGGCCUGGGAGAGGCACAACCAGGAGCGCGGUCCAGGGGGCGGCGGGGCACCGCCUGGAGGUCAAGCCGAAGAAUCGACCCUGCCGAGUCAGGACUCUGAGCACGGAGAGGGCCAGCCGCAAGGGAAAACUUGCUCAGCUCACAUUCACACACUGUCUCACUCGCAAAGCCACACGCUCUCCCACGUGAGCCCGGGACACGGAGGGUCACCCUUGGCACCCUCUUUCAUCUCCCCUGAACUCUAAAUGCCCUCCCAUGUGCGCACAAAUGUAAAGUUGUGCAUAAUCUAUGCACAGCCACGGCCAAAACCCUGACAAGCCAAACAGAUGGACACAAUGGAUGCGGUGCUCUGAAGCUUGGAUUGAUGCACACUUGGAUCACUGUGUUUGUUUGGUUCUCAGCAUCAACAAUGAAUCUACUUCAUUUUGAAAAGAUUGUUCCAAGAAUGUAUGUUUACAUCUUCUCGUGCUCAUUUCUCUGUAAAUCGUCGCCGUAGGGCCGAAACCUUUUAUGUCCAACUAUGAUCGCCCCCCCCCCCCCACCACAAAUAGGUACAAUAGGUCUGUCCCUCGCGCCACGACUCAAGACUUUAAAGUCUCAAUCACAGGUUUCAAACUCAAGUCCCGGGGGCCAGAUUUGGCCCACGCCAUCAUUUUCUGUUUCCGCAAAAGCAAACCAUGCGUGCGAACUUAACUUAACUAUAAUCCUUGCUAAAAUCAGAACCAACAUUUCAAAUUGUAAUGUGUAAUUAAAA